UCACCAUGUUCCAACUUUCACUUGUCGCUCUUCUCGGUGCCGCGACUGUCCGCGCGGGCAGCGUCCUCUGGGACGGCAGCUUUGACCAGUUCGAGUCGACCGCUGACAUCGACAAGUGGUCCUGGUCGAACCAGGUUGGGCCGUACCAGUGGUACAUCCACGGCCCCGGCGCCACCUCCGACUACCUUGCCCUCGGCUCCGACUUCGCCAACCCGGCUGGCAAGGACGCGACGGGCGUGAAGGUUACGAUUGACGGGACGUCAAACUGGAACGGGCAGACCAUGGAGCGCACUGAGCUCAUCCCGCAGACGAGCGAGAACCUUGGGUCCGGCAAUCUCCUCUACCACUUCUCGGUCAAGCGCACGGACGAGAAUGCGCCUGCGACCAACCUCGAGCACCAAGUCGUCUUCUUCGAGAGCCACUUCACGGAGCUCAAGUACGGAGUGAACGGCGAUGACGACCUCCACUGGUUCGUCGGUGGCACCUCCCAAUGGAGCACCGCCUUCGACCCGGACACCUGGUACAACUUCGCCUACGAUAUCGACUUCGGCUCGAGCACCGUCACCCUGUGGGCCUCCACCGACGGCGACGAGCUCGCCAAGGUCGCCGGCCCCGUCUCCGCUUCCACCUCCACCAACUCGGCGGACUGGCACCUUGGUGUCCUCCGCAUCGUCACCCAGAACGAUGUCGAGGACUGGUACUUCAGCAACGUCUACGUCGAGGAGGCGCCGAUCACUACCUCGAUUGCUGCUUGAUGGG